GCCGCCACGCAAGACCAACCGCUUUCACAGAGUUCUCAGGGAACACGGGUGACCAUGACGUGCUGCGAGGGAUGGACGUCCUGCAAUGGCUUCUCUCUGUUGGCUCUCCUUCUGGUAGGAGUGGUUCUCAAUGCAGUCCCCCUGGGCAUCAACUUAGUUGAACAAGAUCGAAUUUUCCAGAACCCCAUCUCUUGCUAUGAGUGGUGGUUCCCAGGAAUCAUCGGAGCAGGUUUGAUGGUCAUUCCAGCAACUACCAUGUCCUUGGCUGCAAGGAAGCGAGGCUGCUGCAACAACAAAACCGGGAUGUUUCUUUCAUCACUUUUGAACGUAAUCACAAUCAUUGGUGCAGUGUACUGCGUGCUGGUUUCUGUCCAGGCUCUCUCAGAAGGCCCUCUUAUAUGUAACUCUCAAGUCAAUGGAACUGUCAAGUGUGAAUUUUCGCUGAAAAACUUAUCUAACAUUCAUUCCAAAUCCUUCAAUCUGCAAUGGUUCUUGAACGAUUCCUGUGUGUCUCCUACUGGUCACAAAAACUCCAACCCCAGUGACAACAUGGGAGCCAGCUGGAAAAUCCCUAGCUCUGGUUCUGAAGAAGACAGAUACAGAAUCGUGCACUUCGCAGUGUUCCUGGGGCUGCUGCUGGUUGGAGCCCUCGAGAUUCUGUGUGGCCUCAGUCAGAUAGUCAUCGGUCUCUUCGGCUGUAUGUGCGGCGUCUCCAAGCAGAGAGGCCGGAUUGUGUAGGCCAGCAGCAGGGAGACAGAAGUCUGCACUUUUGCGUAAGCUGAAAAUUACACUGCUUUUAGGAGAAUGGUACUUAUGGGAGUUCAACAAUGGAACAUUAUCUACAAAGCUGUAUGAGUCAUUUUAGUACAAAAAGUUGUUUUUUAAGUCAUCUUUGGGGUGAUUAAAAAAAAAAACAUCUUCACACAGA